AUCAAAGAAGUGGAGGCAGAAGACGCAAUCGACGGUUUUCAUCCAAGGCAUGCUCGCACUGACCAGAGGGUUUAACCAGAAGCUCUUCACCUUCCCCAGACAUCUCACUCGUCGUCUCAUGGCCACCAACGCCCCCCUUAAGCGCGUCGGCACUCACAAUGGAAGCUUCCACUGCGACGAGGCGCUAGGCUGCUUCAUGAUUCGCCUCACCAAUAGGUUCUCCAACGCCGAAAUCGUUCGCACCCGUGAUGCCCAGGUAUUGGAGGGUCUCGAUGCAGUUCUUGAUGUUGGGGGUGUAUAUGAUCCAGUUCGGGAUCGGUAUGAUCAUCACCAGAAAGGCUUUGAUGAGGUUUUUGGGCACGGCUUCUACACUAAGCUCAGUAGUGCUGGUCUUGUCUACAAGCAUUUUGGAAAGGAGAUAAUAGCCAAGGAGCUUCAAGUCGAUGAAGGGCACCCAGAUGUGAAUCGUUUAUUUCUGGCUGUAUACAAGAGCUUCAUGGAGGCAAUUGAUGCUAUUGACAAUGGGAUAAAUCAGUUUGAUACAGAGAAACCUCCAAGAUAUGUGAAUAAUACACACUUAUCUUCCAGAGUUGGAAGAUUCAAUUUGGAUUGGAUAGAACCUGAUCAAUCACCUGAGAAGGAGAAUGAAGCCUUUCAAAGAGCAAUGGCUCUGGUUGGCAGUGAGUUUUUAGAUAGUGUUCGGUAUCAUGCAACAUCAUGGUUACCAGCAAGGUCAAUUGUAGCUGAGUGUCUUGCAGCAAGACAGGAUAUUGAUCCUAGUGGAGAAAUUAUGGUUUUGACUAGAUUCUGUCCUUGGAAGCUUCACUUAUUUGAGCUUGAGGAGGAGAUGAAGCUUGACCCUCCUAUCAAAUAUGUUCUUUAUCAGGAUGACAGGAGCAAAACCUGGAGAGUUCAGGCAACGGCAGUGUCUCCAGAUAGGUUUGAGAGCAGAAAGCCUCUACCUUCUAAAUGGCGAGGUUUGAGGGAUGAUGAACUCUCAAAGGAGGCAGGUAUUCCGGGUUGCGUAUUUGUCCAUAUGAGUGGGUUUAUUGGUGGGAAUCAAAGCUAUGAGGGUGCUCUGGCCAUGGCAAAAGCUGCUUUAAAGCUCUAAUUGAAGAAUAGCGAUUUACAUCAGCAUCAUUAUUAGUUUUGAUAGAGAAAGAUAGACUUUUGUGGCAUUUAAGCAGGAUCUCUACUAAUUUGCUUAUGACCCUAUCCAUUUCAUGUGAUCUGGGCAGAAAUUGUGUCGUCCCAAAUGUUUUCUCAGAACUUGUUUUGGACUUGCAUUGUAAGAUUUCAAUCGUUGUCGUUUAUUCAUUUCAUCUGAACACGGGUGAUUUUUGUGGU